UGCGGGCAGCCGUGGCGGCGACCGGAGACCGCAAGGGGCGGAGGAAAGCAGGGGGCGGCGGGGGCCAGCCUCGGCACGCAGAGGAUCAGCCGGGCAUGCCCCGAGACAACAUGGCCUCCCUGAUCCAACGGAUCGCCCGCCAGGCGUGCCUCACCUUCCGGGGCGGCAGGGGCUGCCGCAGCGCUUCCGACCGCGGCGCGGCGCCGGGCUCCGAGGCCGCGAUGCCGCAGGGCUUUCCGGAGAACCUGAGCAAGCUGAAGAACCUGCUGACCCAAGUCCGCGCGGAGGACCUGAACAUCGCACCGCGCAAGGCCACGCUGCAGCCGUUGCCGCCCAACCUACCACCGGUCACCUACAUGCACAUCUACGAAACCGACGGCUUCAGCCUCGGCGUGUUCCUGCUCAAGAGCGGCACGUCCAUUCCGCUUCACGACCACCCGGGCAUGCACGGCAUGCUCAAGGUGCUCUACGGCACCGUGCGCAUCAGCUGCAUGGACAAGCUGGAGGUGGGCGGCGGGCAGCGGCCACGGGCCCCGCCGCCAGAGCAGCAGUUCGAGCCGCCGCUGCAGGCCCGAGAGCGGGACGCCGUGCGGCUGGGCGUGCUGCGCUCGCGGGCGGAGUACACCGAGGCCAGCGGCCCCUGCGUCCUCACCCCGCACCAGGACAACCUGCAUCAGAUCGACGCUGUGGACGGGCCUGCCGCCUUCCUGGACAUUCUGGCCCCGCCCUAUGACCCGGACGAUGGCCGGGACUGCCACUAUUACCGAGUGCUGGAGCCCGUCCGGGACAAGGAGGUCUCCGGCUCGGCCUGUGACCUGCCCCGAGAGGUGUGGCUCCUGGAGACCCCCCAGGCCGAUGACUUCUGGUGCGAGGGGGAGCCCUAUCCAGGUCCCAAGGUCUUCCCUUGAAGCCGCCAGCGCCUGGUUGCCGUGGGCCGAAGACGUGCCCUGUUCACAUCUGGGCCUGGCUGCCCCGCGACCCACCAUAAGGGCUCUCUCCCUACCCCCAGGCCUGGGCGUUGGAUCUACUGGAAUGGGCUGUAGCCGCUUCCUCCGGAGCCGUGGGAAGCGCUGGCCACUGGAGUGCAACCGCGGGGCCGGGUUAAGGGGCGGGGAAGACGGGUAGACUAGGUUGUUUCCUGGCUCUGUCACUGCCAUCGGUGUUUUGAUUUCGGGGAAGGGGGGCAGGGGACUAUCUGAAGCGCUUCCAUCCUAAAGCCAUAAUGAAGAUACUCUUUUCUCUGUUCCUUAUACUAUACAGAAUACACUAAAUGCCCCCACACCCCCUAUCCUGGGUAAAUAGGAUUUGUUUUCCACCUAUGUCCCUUUUACUCCUUGUUAUAAUUCUAACUUAUUGAUUGCAUGACCCAGUGGUUUGAAUUGUUUAUAGUUCAAGUCAUUGGUAAAAACUAGAUUUAAAAAGAUGAGCUACUAUUUAAAGUGAGAAUUAGAUCUGUUUUCCAGAGUUGGGGUAUCACCUCCAAAACAUAACUAUGCAUGUAGAGGACAAGAUUUGUUUUCUUUCCUCCUCUUACCCAGUAGCCACAUCUGGUUUAUUCUGGCAGUAUCUACUAAGAAAUUCAGCACCUGCAUAUCUCAGUGACAAAUGAUCACUUAGAGCUUAUCGUCCCCAUGAGUCUCCAGAUCUGGGAUUUGAGGAGAUUUCCUGUUGCAGAUUCACCUUUAAUGCAAAACCUAAUUAUCCUCAAAUGACUUUUUUUUUUUUUUUUGGUCUUAGUGCGCUUUAAGAGGUGAUAGGUUAACUCUGUAUUUUCUAACCAGACGAUCCAAAGGAGCUGAAUCGCUAUGCUUCCAAACAACUGAAUGUAAAACACUUCUAGCCAGUUGUUGAAUUCCAUGCCCCUGUUUACUUCCAGUAUUUUCCUGCAAAAAUAGAGAAAAAUGUUGAUGACUGUUUCAAAUUCUCAGGAGUUCUAAUGUUCCAGAAGGCUGGUGGUUCCAGCUGUGUUGUUUUGAUGGCAGUGCUCUCCCAACAGUAGCGAGCCAGAGCUUGCUUCAUCUGGUGUGGUUUUCUAUAGGAAGAGAGAAGGCACACAUGAUCAAGCCUACAGAAUAGAGAAUUACCUAUACUGCUGGCCAUUUUAGGGCCCCAAAACUUGGGACAAAACACUAACCAACCUCUUAAACAGUUGUGCUAUCUGUAACUAGUUUUAUUUUUGUCCUUUAGAUAAGCUCAGCAACUUUACCUUGUUUACAAAUAUAUUUACACCAUUUGCUUCAGGCUAUGGAGCACUUUUGUUUCCCCCUUUUUAACUAUUUAUAGGAUUCCUUUUUCACAACACUUUUAAUAAAAACAAACUGUAGAAAUAAACACAUUAAAAUCUUCCCAGCUGUUGUCUAAGCCCUCUUGAUUGACUUGCCCAAAUGGCAAUCGAGUUCUAAGGUCUGUAAUAAACGGAGACUUGCUCUUGGUGGAAAAGUGUUGACCCUGUGGACAAACAGUAUGUGCCUUUGCCUCUUUAUGCACACUGGGUUAAUAUGGCCCAGAGUGAAGGAAUAUUUGUUCCCAAUUUUUUAAAUAGAAUAAGAAGGCAAAUUCUUGAUUUUUUUUUUUUUAACAAAAAAAAGAUGUUUAUUCAGUGUGAAAUGCCACUCCUGCAAACAGCCUGAAACAGGCAUAAUGCCAAGCCUUUCCUCCAAGGUUGCUAACAUUGUUUUAUGGUGGCUUCACCUUAUGGUUUAGUUUAAUAUGCCUUGGGGGCAGUUUGAAACAGUUCAUAAUGCCAUUCAGUUUAAAACUAAAUCCUAGAUAUGCAAAUGAUGUUUUUCUUAGAAAAAUGUUCACAAAAUGGGUCUUUUUAAUAGCAUAGUAACGAAUGUGGUUAUCAGUCACAUACCUGUUAUGAAUUAGAGCAAAAAGUUGAUGAAUUUAUAAAAUUACUGAUAAUGUGUAUGCUAUAAAACAACCUAGAAUGCAUUAAACCAACAAAAACAUUAUAGCAAUAAAACAGUAAGAAAGGAGGAAUUGUUUUUCCAAACUUUAUUAUGAAAAGUUUUAAAGUCCUUAAGUACAAGCAAGCCGAAUGAAAAAUAAGGUGCUUUUCAAAAGAACUGAAAUUGUUGCAGGCUAAAAUAGCAAUACGGUAUCUUUCUAAUUUAGUUUAGUAAGGACAGUGAAACUUGUGGUUCACUAAUAAAUUGAGUAAAUUAAUGGUGAGAACAACUUGUUUUAGCCACUAAGGAGAGAAUAUUCUUACUACAGAGACAAAAUGUGGUGCGGCAAACCUGGCACCUCUGCGCAUAAACUGUUGGUCGUGACUGACUCCAUGUGCUGCUAUUGCAUUUCCACAUAUUCCUGCAAUAUAGACUGUAUUCUAGUAAUGACUGUGGGGAAAAGCUGUCUUCCCCUCCACAGACUGAUGAGCACAAAUGAUACUGAUCACUUUUCUGUUGAAUAACAAACGCAAUAAUUGCCUCUCAUGAGUGAGAAGUCUGUCUCAAUACUUCUUAAGCUUUUUAAUUCUCUGGUUAUAUCUAAAGCCAGUUUUAUUAUUGGCGAAUAUUGUGUACCUACCUACUACUAUAUGGGAAUUUUUUUUUACUAAGCCUAAUUCAUGUGGUUUGAGGUUACACUAACUGCUGUUUAUUAAUGAAAAUUGUGGGCCCAUUUUUAAAGUACUAGUUGUCAACAGAAGUGAGUUCUCUGAACUUUUAAGACGAAUACCCCUUAAAUUCUUCCAGAAUCCACAGCUUGUAUUCCUCCUUUUGCAUUGUCCCCUUGUAGAUGCCUCAGCCUUGACAUCUCAGGUAGCCUGUUACUGCUCAUUUAUUCCAAAUGACUUUGUAUCGUGUGCAAGUUCUACUGCUCAGUGAAGAAGCAGUAUGUCUAAAUCAGGGUUCAGCCCAUUACUAUUCAACUCUAACCUGAGGGCAGUGCCACUCCUGUAAUCCUCAUCUAAAUUCUGAGCACCAGGUUACAAAUAGAAGCCAGCCACUGAUCAUUUCGGUGUAAUGAAGCAUCUACUGUCAAAGAAGGAAAUCAUUUGUUAAGCCCCGUAUAAGAUACUGAAUCAUCAGAUCCAGAGAGGUUUACAUUUCUGGAUUAAAAUCAGUGUACUUGUGGAAAAUAAAGGCAUGUUUGAAAUUGUUAAA